AUGAUGUCUGGUGGUAAUAAUCUGAGCUCCUCUCAUUUCAUCCUGAUUGGAAUUCCGGGGCUGGAAGAUGUCCUGGUCUGGAUUUCGUUGCCGGUCUUCAUCAUGUACCUGAUCACCUUGUUGGCCAAUAUUAGUGUUUUGUUUGUCAUCAAGUCGGAGGAGAGCCUCCACCAGCCCAUGUACCUCUUCCUUUCCAUGUUGUUGUUUACAGACCUUGUCCAGUCCAAUGCUGCCGUUCCCAACAUGCUCCUCAUCUUCUGGUUCAACCUCCAUGAGAUCUCCUUUGAGGGCUGCCUGGUUCAGAUGUUCUUCAUCCAUUCCUUCUCCAUCAUGGGCUCUACUAUCCUCUUGGCGAUGGCCUUUGAUCGCUAUGUAGCCAUAUGCCAACCACUGAGAUAUUCCGCCAUCCUGACCUACCCAUUAAUCACAGAAAUUGGAGUCUUGGUGGCCAUGGGAGGAACUCUCCUGGUUUUUCCACACCCGUUCCUGGUCAGGAGGUUGCCAUUUUGCAAGAGCCACGUGAUUGAUCAUAGUUAUUGUGAACACAUUGCUGUGGCCAAACUGUCCUGCGCAGACAUCAGAGUUAAUGUUGUGUACGGGUUAGCAGUUGCUGUGCUUGUGGUUGGAGUUGAUGUCGCAGGUAUUACAGUGUCCUAUGCGAUGAUUAUAAACGCCAUCUUCAAUCUAUCAUCUAAAGAGGCCAGGCACAAGGUCAGGAGCACAUGUGUCAGCCAUGUUUGUGUCAUUCUUUUGGCUUACAUCCCGGCACUUUUCUCCUUUGUCACUCAAAGGUUUGGGGAGCGCACGGCUUCUUCCACGCAGAUUAUCCUCUCUAACCUUUACCUGAUAGUCCCUCCAAUGCUAAAUCCAAUCAUAUAUGGAAUGAAAACCAAAGAGAUCCAGAGAAACGUUCUCAAAGUCCUGGUGGGUGAUAAAAUGUCAAUGGGGGACUGUCCAGGUCAUGAACUAGAAGGAGGAGGUGUUUUUUCCGGCUGGUACAGAAGCCGUUGA